ACGAGGCUUGCUAGGGGAGGGGAAGACGGGGAGAUGCGUUCCUUCUUAGUUAAACCUGGGGACGAGGCUGCAUUUCCUCCUUAUUCAAAGCUAUUCAAUCAACAUGGAGGAUAGUCCACGCAUUCCCUCGAUCGUAAAACUCAAUGUGGGCGGUCACCACUUCACAGCAAGCGUUCAAACGCUAACCAAAGAUCCAAAGUCGAUGCUGGCAGCCAUGUUUUCAGGGAAGUUUGAGAUGAAACCUUAUGAAGACGACGCGUUCUUUAUCGACCGAGAUGGAACUCAUUUCCGGUUUAUACUGAAUUAUCUUCGCACUGGAAAAUUAACUUUGCCUGAAGGAGCAACAUUCCUGAAGGAACUGCAGGAAGAAGCUGAAUUUUAUCAGAUCCAGGGAAUGCUGAUGGAGUUGAAGAGUCUUACCAGCACGAGCACGACCCCGAGCACGAGCACAACCGUAAAACUCAACGUUGGCGGAGAGUUCUUCACAACGGAUCGUCAAACGCUGACCAGAGAUCCAUCCUCAGUCCUGGCAGCCAUGUUUUCAACCGGGCCCCAUCGUGAUCCAUUUUUCGACCCUAUGGAUUAUGGGGUGAAACCACAACCAUCUGACGACGGUUCGUUCUUCAUUGACCGAGACGGAAAACACUUUAGGAUUGUCCUCAAUUAUCUUCGCAAUAAAGAGUUGAUUUUACCAGAAGAUGCAAGUGAUACCUUCCUCAAAGAGCUUGAAGCAGAAGCUAAGUUUUACAAGAUACGGGGAAUGAGAAAUGAAUUAGAAGAGAUUUUGGAAAAUCGAAGGCGAAAAGCCAGAGCUAAGUUCUUUUAAGUUUUUUAGAGUAGCAGAUAUAUAUCUGAAAGCAACGGACUUUGACAUUUUUAGUUUCACGCCGUCAGGUUUCUUGCGAGCGCUAAAAGGGCAAGCUACCUAGGAAAUUGUCAAUUAGAAAACGCCGUUUCCAGCGUUUCUAGGACCCAAGAAUCAGUUUCCUAGGCAAGACUGGAGUUCACUUGAAUUCUCUUGAAAAGGUAGAUUUUUAAUAAACAUGGACGGUUAGUAGAAGAAGGAAGCGGGAGGG